UCAAAAAAUAAAAAUUUACAUGGACGGGAACACAGUGAAUGUUGAAAAUGGUACAAACCUGGCCUUUGACUCCUCUCCAGAAAAGGGUCCACCCCCGCCGCCGCUUCCAGCUAAAACGGAGCAGCCGCCGAGCAAAGUUAAGAGUGGCAAAGACAGACGACCAGAGCGGCCAAAAUGGGACAACCAAAUAGAGUUCCUCAUGUCAUGUAUCGCCACUUCAGUUGGUCUUGGGAACGUGUGGCGCUUCCCCUUCGUCGCCUUCCAAAAUGGCGGAGGAGCUUUCCUUAUUCCCUAUAUCAUUGUCCUUCUAGUCAUAGGCAAGCCCAUGUAUUACCUCGAAACAGUUUUGGGACAAUUCAGUAGCAGUAACUGCGUUAAAAUUUGGAAAUUGUCACCAGCUAUGAAAGGUACAGGUUACGCGCAAGCACUUGGUGCAAUUUAUAUUCUGUCAUAUUAUGUGUCCAUCAUCGCCCUUUGCCUGUACUAUUUCGCCAUGAGCUUCACGGCCACCCUCCCGUGGUCCGUGUGCGAGGAGGAAUGGAUCACGAAGUACAACUGCGUAGAUUCGGGUCAGGGCGUUGACCCCGAUAGCAAUGUCACUGCCGUAAGCAGCGCUGAAUUAUAUUUCACGAAAACGGUGCUUCGCCAGUCUAACGGCAUACACGAUGGCAUUGGAGCACCAAUUUGGGACUUAACUCUGUGCCUGUUAGGAUCGUGGCUGAUCAUUUUCUUCAUCGUCGCCCGGGGAGUCAAGAGCUCCGGAAAGGCUGCCUAUUUCCUGGCGCUGUUCCCUUAUGUUGUGCUUAUUAUCUUAUUGAUCAGAGCCGUGACGUUGGAAGGCGCCAGUAAGGGAAUUUUGUUCUUCUUGACACCUGAGUGGGAAAAAAUAUUGGAAAUAAAAGUGUGGUAUGCAGCUGUCACCCAAGUGUUUUUCUCACUGUCCGUGUGUUCUGGUGCACUCGUCAUGUUCUCGUCCUACAACGGAUUUCGCCAAAACGUUUACAGAGAUUCAAUGAUUGUGACAACUCUGGACACGUUCACUAGCCUAAUAUCCGGGAUCACAAUCUUCGGCAUCAUGGGCAACCUGGCGCACCAGCUGAAUGUCGAUGACAUUGAAGACGUCAUCGGCUCCGGAGGCUCCAGUCUCGCUUUCAUCUCAUACCCUGACGCUAUCGCCCAAUCGCCAUUCCUUCCCCAGUUGUUCUCAGUGUUGUUCUUUCUAAUGAUGGCUGUGCUCGGCGUGGGCUCGGGCGUGGCGUUGUUGUCCACAGUCAACACCAUCCUGCUGGACGCCUUCCCCAACGUCCGCACCAUCUACAUGUCCUGCAUGGCCUGCGCAGCUGGCUUCCUCAUCGGAUUGGUUUAUGUUACUCCGGGCGGUCAAUACAUCUUGGAGUUGGUUGACCACUACGGCGGAACCUUCAUGAGAUUAUUCGCCGCUAUUGCAGAAACCAUUGCCGUUUUCUGGAUUUAUGGAUUGGAGAAUAUGUGUUUGGACAUAGAGUUCAUGUUAGGGAUCAAGACUUCGUUCUACUGGCGCAUCUGCUGGUCCAUCGUGACGCCGGCCAUCAUGAUCUUCGUGUUCAUGUACGCGAUGGUCACCACGCAAACGCUCGUCUUCGGCGACUACACGUAUCCGAGCUCAGCAUAUAUUGCGGGCGACACAUUACAAUACGUGGGAAUGUCAUUGAUUCCGAUAUUUAUUAUAGUGGCUUUAGUGAAAUAUAAAACUAAUAGUUGCGUAGAGACAGUGAAAACUGCGUUCAGGAAAACGGAAAAUUAUGGCCCUAGCGACGAAACGUUGAGAGAACAAUGGCGUAAUUUCCGCCGGGAUGCUAAAUAUGACAGAGAGAUGAAGCGCAAGAACUGGUUCCAUCACAUCGGGCUCUCCUUGAUCGGAGGCUAUCGAUGGAAAUAAUAACACGGGCUGCGAUCUCAAUUUAAUAAUAAUUUAUUUUUAGACCCCAGAAACUCGUGGAAAAUCGGAGUACACGACUAAAAUUAGAAAUAUGUAUAUCGCCGCUCCGCCUAGACAUUAUAUAAUACACUGUGGAACGUCGCAUAAGUAGACAACUCUGUUCGUGUUAUAUUUAUUAUUUUUCAUUGUAUACUGCCGAUCCAAUGAUGACCAAGAACAUACAGGAUAUAUUUUCAAACCCUCAGGGCACCAAAUACUCGAUAAUUGUUAUUUUAUAUCAGAUUUAUUUAUUAUAACUACAAAAAUCUG